CUGGAGACCCGGGCCGCCCCGACCGGAGCGGGCGCCGGCGGCUGGUUCGCGUCAGAGCGGGCGGUUGAGCCGGCCGCGGGCCCGGCGCGGGCCCGCCAUGUUCUGCGAGAAAGCGAUGGAGCUGGUGCGCGAGCUGCACCGCGCGCCCGAAGGACAGCUGCCGGCUUUCAACGAUGAUGGACUCAGACAAGUUUUGGAGGAGAUGAAAGCUUUAUACGAACAAAACCAGUUUGAUGUGAAUGAAGCAAAGUCAGGUGCACGAAGUGAUUUGAUACCAACCAUCAAAUUUCGACACUGUUCACUGUUAAGAAAUCAACGCUGCACUAUGGCAUACCUGUAUGACCGAUUGCUUCGUAUUAGAGCCCUGAGGUGGGAAUAUGGUAGCGUCUUGCCAAAUGCAUUGAGAUUUCACAUGUCCUCUGAUGAAAUGGAUUGGUUCAAUCAUUAUAAGAAGUCCCUUGCUACUUAUAUGCGGUCAUUGGGAGGAGAUGACGGUUUGGACAUUACACAGGAUAUGAAACCUCCAAAAAACUUAUAUAUUGAAGUUCGUUGCCUAAAGGACUAUGGAGAAUUUGAAAUGGAUGAUGGUACUUCAAUCUUACUGAAAAAAAAUAGCCAGCACUUUCUGCCAAGGUGGAAGUGUGAACAGCUGAUCAGACAAGGAGUUCUGGAGCAUGUCCUGUCUUGACUUUCCACGAGGCUUUGGAGAGCAGGGCAGAAUCCACGGAGGGGACAUCUUGCUUCACCAAGGUUCCGGCUCCUUUGGUUUAACAAGUCACAGACAUGUUUUAAG